GACGGGGCCGACGUCAAAAUGGCGCACCAAAUGUUGCCACCGUCGGUGAACUGCUCGCUGGACGAUAUCGAUCUGAACGCGCUGAAGGACCCGGCUGGCAUCUUCGAGCUGAUCGAAGUCGUCGGAAAUGGAACGUACGGACAGGUGUACAAGGGUCGCCACACAAAGACUGGACAACUAGCUGCCAUUAAGGUGAUGGACGUCACCGAGGAGGAGGAAGAGGAGAUCAAGCUCGAGAUCAACGUGCUGAAGAAGUAUUCCAACCAUCGCAACAUUGCCACAUACUACGGUGCAUUUAUCAAGAAGACGCCCGCCGGCAAGGACGACCAGCUGUGGCUGGUGAUGGAGUACUGUGGGGCCGGUUCCGUCACCGACCUGGUGAAGUCGACCAAAGGCCAGAGCCUGAAGGAGGAGUGGAUCGCGUACAUCUGCCGCGAAAUCCUGCGCGGGCUGAGCUAUCUGCAUACGAACAAGGUGAUACACCGCGACAUCAAGGGCCAGAACGUGCUGUUGACGGACAAUGCCGAGGUGAAGCUGGUCGAUUUCGGUGUUUCGGCCCAGCUCGAUAAAACGAUUGGCCGGCGCAACACAUUCAUCGGCACACCGUACUGGAUGGCCCCGGAAGUCAUAGCGUGCGACGAAAAUCGGGAUGCCACGUACGACAAUCGGUCCGAUCUCUGGUCGCUAGGCAUCACGGCACUCGAAAUGGCCGAAUCACAGCCGCCCUUGUGCGAUCUGCAUCCGAUGCGUGCCCUCUUCCUAAUUCCACGCAACCCUCCGCCGCGCAUGAAGUCGAAGAAGUGGUCCAAAAAGUUCCACAGUUUCAUCGACACGGUGCUAGUGAAAGAUUACCAUCAACGGCCUUACACGGAGCAGUUACUGAAGCAUCCUUUCAUCAAAGAGCAACCGACCGAAAGACAAGUUAGAAUACAACUGAAAGAUCAUAUCGAUAGGUGUAAGAAGCGCAAGCAGGAGAAGGAGCGCGAUGACUAUCGCUAUUCCGGUUCGGAGAACGACGACGACGACGGCCAGACGGCAGGCGAACCGUCGUCGAUCAUUCAGGCACCGGGCAACGACACGCUGCGCCGUACGUUCCACCAGAUCCAAGAGGGGCGCAUGCAAAACGCCGAACAACAGCAGCCACCGAAUCGCAACCAGAAACCACAGCCUCGUGAUGACAGAAGUAAAGUGCCGCCCGUGGAGGAACCGGGGCCACCGUCGAGACCGCAGCUUCCGCAGCGGCUGAUAGUGGUACCAGAUCCACCGAACAGCAACGCCAAUCGACCUCUGCCCCCGACACCGCGGAGUGGUUCAUCGUCCUCAUCUCAACCGCAGCAGCAGCCAUCGUCUCAGACGCCUCAGCAACCUGCACGCAAUCAGCAAAAUUUCUUUAAACCGGUGCUGCCACCGAGAAGACCAGAGGAGUUGGACAUGUUGGCCGCACAACUAAAUGAAUUGGGCGUCUCCUCCCCGCAGCAGGCGCAACCCGAAGCGCCCCCGCGCAACAAUCGGCCCCAGCAGCAGCCAUCUGGAGCGGCACCUCAGGUCAGUGGUAGUGGCGGCGGCGGUGGCGGCGGCGUUGGCGGCAAGUCGCCAGCCGUCGCCCCGAACGGCAACAAUAACGGUGGCAGCAGCAAUGGCGCCGGCGCCGGCGCCGGAGGUAGCAGCGGCGCUGUCGGUAACAUCAAUAACAAUAACCAUCAUCCGCAACCGAUCAAUCCGCUCGAUCCGAUCGAAAGCUCCGACUCGGACUCGGAACCGGAGGAACCGAACGGCCGAACACGAAACGACGGCACGCUACUCGCCAGCGAUCCCCCGAUGCCACUUCCCGAAUUUUCCUAUAGGACGGGCGGUUUGGGUGUGCUCAGCGAGUCCGACCAGAACAAUCAGUCCUCGUCGAGUGGUGUCGGCGGCGGCGGCGGUGGUGUUGGGGCCAGCGUGCUCUCGCCCCCCGGUGGGGGCAGCGGCGGGCCUCCCAAUCGGCCGUUACCACCAACACCGGACGACGACGACGCCCAAGGCGACGGGACGCUCAUCAAACGGAACUACGACAAUAAGUCAUCGUCGUCCAUCGGCACGACCACUACUUCGUCGUCGGCGUCGACCGGCUCUACGACGCACUCCGAAAGCGACGAGGCGGUUCUGCUACGCGACUGGGACUUUGAGCGAUUUUUCCCCUCCAACGAGCGGCCGAAACCUCACCAGCGCCACUCGAUGUCGGACCAAUCGUCCUCCUCCCCGUCCCCGGCCGACUCGAAUGGGCGCCUGCGGGCCGUGGCGGCCGGUCUGCUGGGUGACAAGAAGAGCCGCAAGGAGCACGCCAACUCCACGUCGGCCAAACAUUUGUCGAGCCUGGCGUACGCCGAGAAGCGCAAGGUCGAGGAGAUGAACAACCGAAUCCGGCUGGAGGAGCGCGUAAAGAGUGAAAUCUUUGCCCGCCAAAUCCACAAGGCACCGUCGCCGCCGGACAACAAAAAGUCGCCCCACGAUCGGAAGCGAUCGGAAGCGGCCGAUCCCGCAUCAUCGUCGUCGUCCUCGUCGCGGCUGCCACUCAACUUUGCCCGUGCCUUCCGGCGCGAGAAUUCCGAUUUCUUUCCCCUCGCCAAGCGUCAUUCGGCCAUCCUGGGGGAAACGGGAGGUGGCAGCGGUGGCGGUGUCGGCGCCGUAGGUCUUACGGAGCUCGCUGGCCACCGAGCGAUGUCUUCCGGUCAGCAGCAGCCCCAGCAACGAUCCAGUGCCAUCUUUUCGCGCAGCAGUCGAACCAAGUUUGAGCCCAUUUUGACCAACUACUCACUUACGAAUCCGUCCGGAAGCGACGACGACCGUCGCUCGUCUCCCCGCGCUACGCCGCCCCGGGCCGGGGCAAUCGGAGAAGAGAACCACGCGCAUCCUGCCCAACAACGGCCAGCUGGCACGGCGCAGGUCGGGGCCGCCGCCGUUGCCACGCGCAACAUGGAUUUCUUGCGGCCGCGUCGCGAAAAAACCGAAUCCGUUAUCUUCGUUCGUAACUCACCGCACCUUCGACAGCCACCGCUGCUGUUCGAGGGUCAGCAGAAGAACCGUUCCGGGGAGAACAGCAGCCUCGGUACACCCGGCCAGCGGACGAGCAGUGUCCUGCCGGAUCUACUUAGUCAGGCAUCGCCAGCGACGCCUCCCCGGCAUGACAAAUCGGCCAGCGAAGAGUACCGAGCAGCCGUCAGUUCCGCCGUCGUUCAGUCGAACCACGUUCUUCCUCCCAGCAGCAUGCCAAACAAAUCAUUCCUUGCUCAGUACAGCACCAACGGGACCGUCGCCCUCGGAGGCGGCGGUGGCGGCGCAGUGCGGGGCAGUAGCCCGGCCGGGCGCAAGAGCAACGGCUCGACCGCAUCGAACUCGUCGUCCUCCCGCAACAACAGCCCCAACCACUCGAUUAACACUAGACUCCUAAGCAGUAGUAGCCACAAUAGUAGUAGCAGUAGCAGUGCGGCCAAUCAUAAAAUUGUCAAUAACAAUCAUUUACUACCUCCUCCUCCCCCGUACCAUCAAUACCAAAUGCACCACCUUCAUCACCCACCGUCGUCGUCGUCGUCGGCGGCCGCUACUCCGGUUGCUGGUGGUGGUGCGCAACUUCCGGUGUCCCCGUUCGCACUGGCACUGCAACAGAAGCAGCGCAGCUUCCUGACGUUCGGGUUCGGCGCACAGUCGGGCGGUUCGGCGGCGUCCCGGCGCGAAAGUCACGUCAACGUGAACGUCACGCCGACUUCGCACGACGCCGCCAGCGACACGCCGGAGAUCCGGAAGUACAAGAAGCGCUUCAACUCGGAGAUCCUGUGUGCCGCCCUGUGGGGUGUCAAUCUGCUGAUCGGGACCGAGAACGGGCUGAUGCUGCUCGAUCGGUCCGGACAGGGCAAGGUCUACCAGCUCAUAUCCCGUCGGCGGUUCCAGCAAAUGGAGGUGCUCGAGGGGCAAAACAUUCUGGUGACCAUAUCGGGCAAGAAGAACCGCGUCCGCGUGUACUAUCUGUCGUGGUUGAAGUCGAAAAUCCUGCGCACCGAUGGUUUGGCGGAUCAACAAGUGGAACGCCGGAACGGGUGGAUCAACGUCGGUGAUCUGCAGGGUGCGGUGCACUUCAAGAUUGUCAAGUACGAGCGGAUCAAGUUUCUGGUGAUCGCCCUGAAGGAUUCGAUCGAAAUCUACGCCUGGGCUCCGAAACCGUACCACAAGUUUAUGGCAUUUAAGAGCUUCGGUGAGCUGAUGCAUCGUCCACUGUUGGUCGAUCUGACCGUCGAGGAGCAGACGCGACUGAAGGUCAUAUACGGCUCGGCGGAAGGGUUCCAUGCGGUCGAUCUUGACUCGGCCACCGUGUACGACAUCUACCUUCCCAAGCACACUCAGGGUCCAAUUUCGCCGCACUGCAUCGUGACGCUGCCGAACUCGAACGGCAUGCAGCUGCUGCUGUGCUACGACAACGAGGGCGUCUACGUCAACACGAUGGGCCGGGUCUCGAAGAACAUCGUGCUGCAGUGGGGCGAGAUGCCGACAUCCGUCGCCUACAUCGGCACCGGCCAGAUCAUGGGCUGGGGUAACAAAGCAAUCGAGAUUCGUUCGGUCGAAACCGGCCACCUGGACGGAGUGUUUAUGCACAAGAAAGCGCAACGUUUGAAGUUCCUGUGCGAGCGGAACGACAAGGUGUUCUUCAGCAGUGCCAAAGGUGGCUCCUCUUGUCAGAUCUACUUCAUGACGCUCAACAAGCCGGGCAUGGCCAACUGGUAAACCCCGGACCGCGUCGGCAGAGGCAGUUCCGGCAGAGGAAGAGAGGGUCAACACUUUUUACUCUAGACAUAGUAGCAAACAUGUAAACU